AUGUCUUCCACAACCUCUCCAAAACAUGCCGAGCAACAUCAUCCCAAACACCAUAGAAAUAAUUGGCAGAGUACGAAAGGGUACGGCCAAGCUGUAGAAUAUGAGAAAGCCCCAGUCUGUGUUAGGGUUGGUGAUAAUGUGGUUUGUAGUGAAAAUGUUGAUGAAGUAGCUGAGGAGUUCAUCAAGCUAGAGCAUAAGAGGUUUGAAUUAAGCAAGUGGAUGUCUAUGAAAGCUGCACGGUGA